AUGGACGAGCACGAGGUGCGCGGGCGAUGGAAGAGCUUUGUCGGCAAGUGGAACCGCGGCGAACUGGCCGAGGGGUGGUAUGAGCCGGAGAUGUUCUUGCGGGUCGUCCGCAUGCGUGCGAUGGAGGGUGAGAGUGCCGGGCCUGGCGGUGGCCCUACCUCGGGCGGGAGGGUCGCGGGGCUAGGGGGACAGCAAACCAUGAUUUUGACGCCGCCUAUGAGUGGCAGGAGUGUGCCUGAGAGUGUUGCUAUGACGGCGGUGACGGAGCAGGAGGAGAGCGAUGAUGACGACGACGAUGAUGGCUAUGGGCCACCUCCGCCCCCUGGUCAGCAAAAUGCUACGUCCGCCGCCAGGCAUGGGCCGAAUGUUCCUAGCAUGCAAGACCUCGACCUGCGGCGGGAAUUGGAGGAGUCGUCACGUCAGGACCAGAUCGACGGGCUUCGGCUUGCGCGCAAGGCCGACCGCGCCGAGCAGAAGGAGCGGUUGGACGAGCUCGUCCCUCGUGCGGAAGCCGGGACGCGCGAGCGACAGCUGGAGAAGAAGCGCGCUCUCAACGAGAAACUGCGAGGUUUCCGGGACAAGUCGCCCGGCGGUGACGCCGAGGUUGGCGACAGAGAGCUCAUUGGCGGAGAGGGUGACAGCGUUGACGAUUACAAAAUGAUGCUUGCCACAAUGCAAAGGCGCAAGACAGAGCGCGAGAUCCGCAGGGAGGAGAUGAUCAGAGCGCGGCAAGCCGAGAGGGAGGAGCGUCUUCCCGCGCGAUCUGGAGAAGCCAGAAAUAUCGAGGGAAUGGGAUCAGACACAGAGAUUGAUGAUGGUACAGGAGGUCUCUUCGACGAGCCAGAGGGGUACUAUCCUCCGACCCCUCCACCAACCACACAGACUCAUACCAUGCUCAAUGGAAAGACCAUCCAGCUCCACCUGGUCGGCCAUAGCUCUCUAGAGGCACAUCAUCUCUGGAACGGGAGCCGUAUCAUUUCGGACUACUUUGAGAGCAAUCCGUCUGAGAUAAAAGACAAGACCGUGCUCGAACUCGGCGCCGGCGCGGGAUUGCCCAGCAUAGUCGCUGCCGUGCUCGGCGCAAGGAGAGUAGUCGUCACGGACUACCCUGAUCCAGAUCUAGUAGUCAACAUGUGGAAGAAUAUCGACGAGUGCGAUUUACUUCCCUGGACUGAGAGCGAUGGCGAGAGGAAGCAGGAUGUCAUAGUGGCCGACGGCUACGUCUGGGGUGCCGACCCCAAACCGCUGGUCGCGCACCUCUCGGAGCCAGAGCAGGGCUUCGAUGUCCUAAUCCUAGCGGACCUCCUCUUCCGCCACUCGGAGCACGGCAAUAUGCUGUCCAGUGUGGCCGCCACCUUACGGCGGAACAACCAGAGCAAAGCCUUCGUAUUCUUUACUUCAUAUCGGCCGUGGUUGCAGCAUAAGGAUCUGGCGUUCUUCGACCUUGCAAGAGAGCGCGGCUUUGAGAUUGAGAAGAUCCUUGAGAAGAAGAUGGACAAGGCCAUGUUUGAGAAUGACCCUGGUGACGAGGAUGUACGGAAGACUUGUACUGGGUUUGUUCUACAAUGGCCAGCAGGGAAGUGGGACACAUGA